AUGUCGAAGCAGACUAAAGAACAGAUCAUCCAUGCCUUGGUAACUUCCAGAUUGGACUGCUGUAACGCCCUCCUGGUCGGUGUCCCUUCCUCAGCCUUUUCUCGUUUGCAGCGAGUACACCACAACGCAGCCCGUGUUCUUACUAAGACAGGGAAGUAUGCUCGAAUAAGUCAUAUCCUUCGUCAAUUGCACUGGCUACCGGUAAAGAGGAGUAUCGUGUUCAAGAUUUGCCUGACUACCUUCAAAUUUCUGCAUGGUCAGGCUCCCCAGUACCUCUCUGAGAUGGUAUCAGUAACGCAGUCAGUGAGGUCACUUAGGUCUUCAGAGGCUACGAGACUAGUCGUGCCAAUGACAAGAACGGUGACGUAUGGAGACAGGACCUUCACAAAAGUCGCACCUCUGGAACUCUCUUCCUUCUCAUCUUAG